UUGCUUCUUUGAAAAAUCAUUCCCUCUCUCUAUUUUUUUCUCCAAACAUGAAACGAAUGGAUCUGUUCUGUGCUUCUCCGGCCUCCACAGCCAUAUGUUCCAGCAUCGACCACCGCUCCAUGGUCCGCCACGGCCACACCCGACGUCCCAUCAGCCGCCAGCCAUACAUACCUUGUUCUUCUUCGGAGUUGCCUAUAAUUCCCAAAGUUUAUAACCACCUUGAAAAGGGCAGAAAUAAUUCAGCUAAGCAGAGUGAUUUACGUCCAAAAAGCUCCGCUGAUGAUCUCAGGAGCCCUCAUGGUUCUUCUAGAUAUCUCUUGAGUGACAGACCUUAUAUUAAUUGGUUAUCGGAGACCACGUCCGACCAUAGCUUGGCAUUGGUUCCUGCUCAACCCGUAGUGAAGCCUAGGCCUAGACAUGCAACAAGCUCAAACGAUUCACCAGCUUUGAAGUCUUCUUCUUCUUCUGCUAGAUCCCGCGACCAGUAUAGAUUUGGCGACAAAGAAAGUAACGGUGGUCGGAGAUGUGACCCCCUUAGGAGUCCUAGCAAGCGUUUCCAAGGUGAAGAACGCACAGCUUUGGCCGUCAUCAACGCCAACACCAUCAUCAACACCAGCUUCUCCGGCAGUGAAAAUGAUCCGUUACUAAAGGGAUAAACCCUCUAUUCGCACCUAGAUAUGAAAAUUCUAAAAGGUAUUGACCGUAAAAAAUAAUAAUGUUUAUAAUGCAAAUAAAGGAUUUGGCCUUACUAAAAAACUAGGAUUUUCAUUUGUGGUUUUUAAUGUAUUAGAAUUCUAGAAUUAAACCAGAAUGUGAAAUAUUAUGGCUUGUGUUUAAAUACUUCUGAUGUUUAAACACUUAUCAUAAUGUAAUGUAAAUGUAAACUUUUCUUCGGGACGGUUUAUUUAAAUAUC